AUGUUUGUUGAGGACAUUAGAAAUGACUUUUAUAACGUGCUUUUGGGAAAUAGAGUCCUUUUACUGGUCCAUUACGACGUGGAUGCAAUUUGCGCCUGCAAGAUUCUACAAGGAUUGUUCAAAUGUGAUAAUAUAUCUUAUACGCUAGUGCCUGUGGGGGGUAUAUCGGAACUUAAAACUGCUUAUGAAGAAAAUAAUGAAGAAAUCAAAUAUGUAGUGUUAAUAAACUGUGGUGGCACCAUUGACCUGGUGGAUAUACUACAACCUGAAGAGGAUGUGGUAUUUUUUGUAUUAGACUCCCACAAACCAACUGAUAUUUGCAAUGUUUAUAGUGAUGGUCAGGUGAGAUUAGUUUAUAAGGAUGAGGAAGAAAACAUUCCUAACUUUGAUGACAUAUUUAGAGAUGAUGAUGAUGAUGAGGAAGAGCAGUCUGAAAGUGGUCGAGAGGGAUUAGAAGCUGUGAUGGAGAGGAGGCGGGCACGCAAAGCCUGGGAGGAGAGGAGGCACACACUAAUGUUUAACUACACACAGUUCUCUUACUAUGGGAAACCGAGCGCGUGCGUGCUGGUGGAGCUGUGCGGGCGCGCGUCGCGGCUGUGCCCGUCGGCGCUGUGGGCGGGCGCGGUGGCGGCGGCGGCGCACGCGGCGCUGCACUCGCGGCCGCCGGCGCGCUGCCUGCUGGACGCGGAGCCGCUGCACCGGUACGCGGCCGCCGCGCAGCGCCACCGCGGCCCGACUGACGAGCCGCAGCGCGACCCCGCCGCCGACAGGACUGCGUGUGUGGUAGUGGAGAAGGAUGUCUGGCUACCGCUGUACCGUGAAUGGACCCUGGAGGCGGCCCUCAGCCAUUCGGCAGUCCUGGCCCCCAAGCUGAAGUUGCACGCCCGCUCCGGAUCCUCGAGGCUGCGACAGCUGCUAGCUGACAUGGGCAUCCCGUUGCAGCAGGCGCGGCAGGCGUACCGCGCGAUGGACGUGGAGCUGCGGCGCUCUUUGCUGGGCGCGCUGGAGGCGGCCGCGCCGCGCCACCAGCUGCCGGCGCCCACGCGCGCCACCUUCACGCUGCGCCGCCCGCACGCGCCGCCGCUCGCCGCGCUCGACGCGGUCUACGUGCUCAUGGCGCUCGUCGAGCACGUAAGCGCCCCGGCUGGAGCGCUCAGGCGCACCGAAGCGCCCGAGUGUGACGAUUCGAACGCCACUGCCCAUGGACCCGCUCGAGUCGGCGCCCGCCCGAUUAUAUUGCGUAGGUUGCUCUACGUGCUCAUGGCGCUCGUCGAGCACGUAAGCGCCCCGGCUGGAGCGCUCAGGCGCACCGAAGCGCCCGAGUGUGACGAUUCGAACGCCACUGCCCAUGGACCCGCUCGAGUCGGCGCCCGCCCGAUUAUAUUGCGUAGGUUGCUCUACGUGCUCAUGGCGCUCGUCGAGCACGUAAGCGCCCCGGCUGGAGCGCUCAGGCGCACCGAAGCGCCCGAGUGUGACGAUUCGAACGCCACUGCCCAUGGACCCGCUCGAGUCGGCGCCCGCCCGAUUAUAUUGCGUAGGUUGUUCUACGUGCUCAUGAAGCUCGUCGAGCACGUAAGCGCCCCGGCUGGAGCGCACGGAUAUGCCUGUCCGAACGCCACUGUCCUUGAACCCCCUCGAGUCGGCGCCCGCCCGAUAAUAUUACGUAGAUUGCUCUACGUGCUCAUGAAGCUCGUCGAGCACGUAAGCGCCUCGGCUGAAGCGCACGGAUAUGCCUGUCCGAACGCCACUGUCCUUGAACCCCCUCGAGUCGGCGCCCGCCCGAUAAUAUUACGUAGAUUGCUCUACGUGCUCAUGAAGCUCGUCGAGCUCGUAAGCGCCUCGGCUGAAGCGCACGGAUAUGCCUGUCCGAACGCCACUGUCCUUGAACCCCCUCGAGUCGGCACCCGUCCGAUUAUAUUGCGUAGGUUCCUCUACGUGCUCAUGGAGCUCGUCGAGCACGUAACUGCCUCGGCUGAAGCGCACGGAUAUGCCUGUCCGAACGCCACUGUCCUUGAACCCCCUCGAGUCGGCUCCCGCCAGAUUAUAUUACGUAGGUUGCUCUACGCGCUCAUGAAGCUCGUCGAGCACGUAACUGCCUCGGCUGAAGCGCACGGAUAUGCCUGUCCGAACGCCACUGCCUAUGAACCCGCUCGAGUCGGCGCCCGCCCGAUUAUAUUACGUAGAUUGCUCUACGUGCUCAUGGAGCUCGUCGAGCACGUAAGCGCCUCGGCUGAAGCGCACGGAUAUGCCUGUCCGAACGCCACUGCCUAUGCACCCGCUCGAGUCGGCGCCCGCCCGAUUAUAUUGCGUAGGUUGCUCUACGUGCUCAUGGCGCUCGUCGAGCACGUAAGUGCCUCGACUGAAGUGCACGGAUAUGACUGUCCGAACGCCACUGUCCUUGAACCCCUUCGAGUCGGCGCCCGCCCGAUUAUAUGGCGUAGGUUGCUCUACGUGCUCAUGGAGCUCGUUGAGCACGUAAACGCCUCGGCUGAAGCGCACGGAUAUGCCUGUCCGAACGCCAGUGUCCUUGAACCCCCUCGAGUCGGCUCCCGCCAGAUUAUAUUACGUAGGUUGCUCUACGCGCUCAUGAAGCUCGCCGAGCACGUAACUGCCUCGGCUGAAGCGCACGGAUAUGCCUGUCCGAACGCCACUGUCCUUGAACCCCCUCGAGUCGGCUCCCGCCAGAUUAUAUUACGUAGGUUGCUCUACGCGCUCAUGAAGCUCGUCGAGCACGUAACUGCCUCGGCUGAAGCGCACGGAUAUGCCUGCCCGAACGCCACUGUCCUUGAACCCCCUCGAGUCGGCUCCCGCCAGAUUAUAUUACGUAGGUUGCUCUACGCGCUCAUGAAGCUCGUCGAGCAUGUAACUGCCUCGGCUGAAGCGCACGGAUAUGCCUGUCCGAACGCCACUGUCCUUGAACCCCCUCGAAUCGGCUCCCGCCAGAUUAUAUUACAUAGGUUGCUCUACACGCUCAUGAAGCUUGUGGAGCACGAAACAAUUCCUAAAGCGGAGGGAUUCCAGCAAGCCUUAGCAGCUCUUGAAGUGUCCGGUGAGAACGAAGCCUGGCGCAAAGGUGCGGCAGCGGCUAGGAGGUGUUUGCAAGCCGUCGCUAGCGUUGUGCACACCACAUUGUCUUCCAGAAGAUUGCUACUGGCCGGUCCAUUUAGCUACUUCAUUGUGCAAGAGGGAAGCCCCGAGGCGUCGCUGGUGCGCGGCCCGCUGUGGCUGGGCGAGGCGGCGCGGUGGGCGGGCGGAGGGGGGGCGAGGCCGCUCCUAGCCAGCGCCCCCGCCGCGCCCCCCUCCCCGCCCGGCACCUGCCUGCUGCUCGGCCUGCCGCCCCGCUUCGACCAGGAGCCCCGCAAUCUGUUCGGUGCGGCUUUCGAGCAGGCGGCCACCAAGAGCGGGACCUCUGUCUCCCUGGACCAUGUGGACACUUCAGUCAUCACGCUGCCGACAGCGCAACGGGCCCAGUUUCUAGACGCCCUUACAGCCCUUCUGGCG